AUGUUGAGACGUUCAGUGGCUCCUUCUCUUCGGACCCGGAAUAUCUACACCUCUGUUUUGGAGUCUGACAUCAACAUCACCCGUAAUGGAAAAGUCAACCUCAGUGUAGGCCAAGGCGGCAGAUCCUCAAGAACCGGAUACACAGCCACUGUAUUUGGUGCUUCGGGAUUUUUGGGCCGUUACUUGACCUCCAAGUUGGCCCGUCACGGUACCUCUGUUGUGGUUCCAUUCAGAGAUGAUAUGAAGAAGAGAUUCUUGAAAGUCACAGGAGACUUGGGUGUCGUGAACUUUGUUGAGUUCGAUGCUAGAAACUUGGACUCCAUUGCCGAGAGUGUGGCUCACUCCGACAUUGUUUUCAACCUCAUUGGUGCAGACUAUGCCACCAAGAACUUCCUGAUGGCUGAUGCUAACAUUGGUAUCACUGAAAGAAUCACAAACGCAGUCAAGGAGGCCGGCAAUGCCAGAUACGUCUAUGUGUCCUCGUACAACGCCAACGCUGCUUCUGAUUCCAUCUACUAUGCCACAAAGGGAAUCGCUGAGAACCUUGUCAGAGAUAUCAUUCCAGACUCCACCAUUGUUAGACCUUCCCCAAUGUACGGUCGUGAAGACAACUUGUUGAACUACUUGGGUCCAAAGUUGAAGAUGUGGACUCCAAACAAGAACGCUAAGGAGAUCUAUCCCGUUCAUGUUCUCGAUGUUGCUCGCGCUUUGGAGAAGAUUGGUUUCGAUGAUUCCACCGUUGGCCAAACCUACGAAUUGUUCGGUCCUAAGAAAUUGACCUUUGCCGAGAUCAGACAAAUGAUUCACGGUAUCACCCAAGACUUCUCUCAAGUUGGUCCAAUUUCCUACGGUUUCGGCGAGUACGAGCUUCCUGUUGAGGUUCUUAAGUUCGUUGCUCAGCUCAAGCAAUACCUUUACUGGAAGGAAACCAACCCAGACCAAGUUCAAAGACACUUGAUCCACCAGCAAAUUGAUCCUGCUGCAAAGACUUUUGCUGACUUGGGAAUCACAGACACCGAUCAAUUGGCUGAUGUCUUGUUCACUUACGUCAAGGGUUGGAGACAUCCUUUGAUCGCCCAACAAGGUGCCCCAAGCAAAAAGGAGUUGAGAAAGUUGCGUGAACAACAGCACUUUAUUUAG